UGUGUGUGUGUCUGUCUGUAUUUGGAGCUGGACGCAUAGUUGGGUGCGUGAGCGACGGGCUCGUCUUUCAUAGUUCUGGUCAGACGUCAGACAACUCAAACACAUGCAUGCUCACACACAGGGGCAUGCUCACAACACCUCAGACAGGCAGAGGACAGAGGGACAUUGCUACGUGGAAGAGGAGGAUAACAUCUACAAAUUUACAGAGCCACGAAAGAGAAGAGAGAAGGAUAAGGAAGGGAAGAAACAGAGAGGAAAGAGCACAAGCAGGAAAGAUAAAAGGAGCUGUGUGCCAUUGUGUGACGUCAACCACCGCCUACCAGCUGCCCAACUCCAUCUGCAAGAAGCCUGCCUGCCUGUCGGUUUGUCUCAGAUUAUCAGCGAAGUGAAUCCCCAAGAGCGUAACUGAAGAAAAUGGCCCCCAAGAAGAAGGCUUCUCGCCAAAAGAAGGAAGGCGUGCCGGAGCCUUCAGAAGUCGUGGUGACAAUAUCAGAAAGCACCGUGUUGUCGUCCGAGGGUGUGUUCGUGUCGGAGGGAGUGAAGAAGCUGGAGGCGCCGCUGAACGUGGAGCAUCUUAACUGCCUCAAUGGCCUGCCCCUCCCACUUCCUCUUCUUCCUCCAAUCAUCCGUCCCGGAGAGAGGGGGCUGGGCAUCGGGAACGAGCUGACCCGCCCCCUGCACGGCUCCGCCAUGCUGGAGGAGCUGAGCCGCAUGCGCCAGGAGCGCUUCCUCACCGACAUGGAGCUGGCGUGCAAGAGCAAAGCCUUCGACGUGCACAAACUGGUCCUGUCCUCAGUCAGCCAGUACCUGAGGGAGGUCCUUGCCAAAGACCCAACACUGAAACGCCUGGAGCUUCCCACACUCUCUCCUCUGGGUCUGGCUAAUGUGAUCACCUUCGCCUACCUGGGCCGUGUGCACAUGUCCCUGUACACGGUGGGCUGCACACUGUGGGCUGCCAUGGUGCUGCGUAUUCCCCACCUGCUGCAGAUGUGCAGCGACUUCCUCCUGGCUGAGCUCAACAUGCAGACAUGCGUGUACAUCUGGAACAUGGCCACCGCCUACGGCGUGAACCCCGUGCGAGACGCCUCCCGCCGCUACGUGAUGCAGAACUUUGCCCAGUUCGCCGAGUCAUCCCAGUUCAACCAGCUGACCCAGGAGCAGAUCAUCUCCUUCCUGCAGGACGACGCCCUUGUGCUGCCCUCUGAGAUCAGUACCUUCCAGGUGGCCAUGAAGUGGCUGGACUUUGACCCGCAGCGUCAGGUCCAAGCGGCCGAGGUCCUGUCCCAUGUGCGCUUUGAGACGAUCCCCGCCAGCGAGCUGGUCAGUGAGGUGCAGCCCGUGGCGCGCAUGAUGCUGGACCCUCAGUGUCACCGCCUGCUGGUGGAUGCCAUGAACUACCACCUGCUGCCUCACCAACAGAAUGUGCUGCAGUCCAAACGCACUUCUGUGCGUGGGAGCCAGGUGGCGCUGAUCACCGUCGGCGGACGACCAUCCCUUACAGAGAGAACACUGAGCCGUGAGGUAAUGUGGAGAGACCCUCGUGAGGGUGUGGCUGCCUGGCGUCACCUGACCCAGCUGCCAGCUAAGAGCUUUAACCAAUGUGUGGCCGUGAUGGAUGGUUUCCUGUAUGUGGCUGGAGGAGAAGACCAGAAUGAUGCCCGCAAUCAAGCCAAGCAUGCCGUCAGCAUCCUUAGCAGGUAUGACCCCCGCUUCAACACCUGGCUGCACCUGACCAACAUGCGUCAAAAGCGCACACACUUCAGCCUGGUGGCCACCGGGGGGCGCCUCUUUGCUGUUGGGGGCCGUAACACAGAGGGCCUGCUGGCUACAAUCGAGAGUUACACCCCGUCAAACAACACCUGGCAGCUGCGCAGCCCCAUGGAGGCCCCGCGCUGUUGCCACUCCAGCGCCGUGUUGCCGUCCGGGGACAUCCUGGUCACCGGCGGUUACGUCAACUGUGCCUACACCCGCUCGGUCGCUGUCUACAGCCUAGAGGGAGACAGCUGGCAGGACGUGGCGUCCAUGGAGACGCCGCGCGGCUGGCACUGCAGCGCCGCGCUGGAGGGCCGCGUGUAUGUGGUGGGCGGCAGCCAGCUGGGGCCGGGUGGCGAGCGGGUGGACGUUCAGAGCGUGGAGGUCUUCCAGUCCGAGAGCGGCACCUGGAACCGCAUCGCGCCGCUGCCCAUGGGCGUGAGCACCGCCGGGCUGUCGGUCCUCGGCGGGCAGCUGUUCCUGCUGGGCGGCUGGAACGAGGCCGAGAAGCGCUACAAGGCAGCCGUGCAGCGCUACGACCCCAAAACCGACAGCUGGGCCGCUGGGGAGGAGCUACCGGAGCCCACGGUGGGCGUAUCCUGCUGCGCUCUGGCCCUGCCCCCUCGUCAUGCCACCCGUCGCCACCGCAACACCCCAAACUCGCCAAGCAACACCUCAAUCAUCAACCCACCAAUCACCUCAAUCAUCAACCCUCCAAUCACCUCAUUCAUCAACCCACCAAUCGCCUCAUUCAUCAACCCAAAAACCUACCCCAUCCACGAGGAGCAGCCCAUCACUGCUUGAAAGAAAGAAGACAGAAAGUACAGAGGAGGGAGAAAGAGGAAGGAGCGAGGCAGAGAUCAAGAGGAAGGAUGAAGAGUCGGGUGACGUGUCUAAGCAGGACAAAGGAGAUGGUAUUAGAGGUGUUCUUCAGUUCGGAAGAAUCAACGAGGGCCCACAUUAUUAAAGAAUGUGAAACGACCUAACUGAAGUCAGCAUUCAGUGUGCCUGACACACAUGAAAGUCUGUGAUGUAGCCGAGUCUGAGAGUGAGAGAGUGUAUGUGUGUGAGUGUGUGUGUGUGUGUGUGUGUGUGUGUGUGUGUGUGUGUGUGUGUGUGUGUGUGUGUACGCGCAGCUGUCUAGUGAAAGAGUGACAGAACAUGCACAUCUGAGUUAGCAUGAGUGAAUUUUAGCAUUUGAGCCACUAUGUUCUUUGACAAAUACCAUCUUGCUCUCCCCAGGGUUCAGAUUGUAAAUUCUCAAAUGACAUUAACCAAAGAUUUCAUAUAUUAAUAUAUACAGCUUAUUCCUAUGUAAAGUAAUAAAAGAUAAUUUGUCAAAGUAGUUUAGCUCAAUACUUAUGUUUUUAAAAAGUUAAAAAAAUUGAAAGAAAAUAAAAAAAAAGAUAAUUUAGUGACAUUGAAGCUUUUAUAUGGCGAGAUGUAACAGCAGAUAUAGUGGAGGAGACAUGAGAAUGUGGAGAGACAACCCCACCAUGCAGCCACAGGCCAAAGGGGACCAGUACCAGUAGCCGCCUUUACCUCCCCGACCCACACACACACACUAGCCCUCAGAGAACGCUUUAUGGCAUCAUAAACUGAUGACUCACAUGCAAUCUGUCACUGCCUCAGUCAUCACACUAAUUUAAAGAGGGCCCCCAUUGACCUAUGUACCCACAAAGAUUUCCCAUGCCUUAUGAAUACACCGUUAACUUUAGAAACACUGACCCAAAUAAGGAAACACAUGAUGUAAUCUUUCAUACACAAACACUUCACAUACAUUUCAAAUGGAGUGCAUGUUGAAGAUGCUACUGACCUGAGCUAUAAGGCGGGUCUAAGCUGCAGGUCCCCCUUGCCUGAGACUGCAUGGUGGUCCCCCACUAGUAGACCCAUUCUCUUGCGUGACCUUGAGAAACCUUAUGCGAGUGCCAGUGGAACUGACCAAUGGGAUGCUUGCCUGAGCAGACAUCAGUACGGGGCAAGUAACAAAUGCUUAAGAAGGAAGUGAACUUAUGACGAUGAAUUGGUUUAUUAAUGUGGCAAAGUCUUUUAUUGUUUUUGCGAUGUGCAGACCCCUUUGAGCAGGUAGGAGAAGCUAGGGAAGAGGGUGGAAGUAGUCAUUUGGGGGGAUGGUUUCUGAAGGCAAAUAGUGGGAUAUGUACACGGAAAAAAGUGAUGGAGGUUGUUGUGUCGGAUCCCAACAGUUUCACUGAAUAAAGCCAAUCUAAGCCAA